AUGGUCCGUCGUGACGUUCUCCUCCUCCUUAUCGUCACUGUAUCCUCCGUCGCCUUCGCCUUCGCCGACGAUGAACCGGACUGCGUCUACACAUUCUACCUCCGAACCGGGUCGAUCUGGAAAGCCGGAACCGAUUCGAUCAUAAGCGCCAGAAUCUACGACAAGUACGGUGACUACAUCGGGAUCCGAAACCUGGAAGCCUGGGGCGGGUUAAUGGGGCCCGAGUACAACUACUUCGAGAGGGGUAAUCUCGACAUUUUCAGCGGAAGAGCACCGUGCCUGCCUAGUCCGAUCUGCUCUCUAAACAUAACCUCCGAUGGCUCCGGCGAUCAUCAUGGCUGGUACGUCAAUUACGCCGAGGUUACGACGGCUGGAGUUCACGCUCAGUGCUCCACGCAGAAUUUCGAGAUCGAGCAAUGGCUCGCCACCGAUACAUCUCCGUACGAGCUCACCGCCGUGCGGAACAACUGUCCGGUGUCGCUUAGGGACAGUGUUAGCCGGGUCGGGUCGGAGAUCCGGAAAGGCCUUUCUUGGGUCGUCUGA